AUGCGCCUAAUCAACGUAACGACGACCCGGUUCGAGGAGUUCCCCGAAUAUGGGAUGCCCCGUUACGCCAUCCUGUCGCAUACUUGGGGCAGAGACAUUGAAGACCUUACAUUUGGCGAAUUGAAGGGUUGCUGUGAGCAAGCCAAGAGAGACGGCUUCGGCUAUGUCUGGAUUGACACCUGCUGUAUCGACAAGACCAAUCUCGUGGAACUCAGCGAGGCCAUCAACUCCAUGUUUCGAUGGUAUCAGCACGCAGCCGUCUGCUAUGCCUAUCUGUCUGAUGUUCACGACGGCGAGGAUCCCCGGGCUGAAGGAUCUAGCUUCCGGACAAGCCGCUGGUUCUCGAGGGGGUGGACUCUGCAAGAACUCCUAGCGCCUAAACGCUUGGUCUUCUUCAGCACCGACUGGCACCGCCUGGGCACCAAGGUGCAAUUGCGGACCGUUGUGGAACAGAUCACAGGCAUCCCAGAGCGGUUCUUACGUGGUAGUAGCGAUAUAAGCUCGGCCAGCGUUGCGCCACGCAUGUCCUGGGCCGCCCAGAGACAAACCGGAAGGCCCGAAGAUAUUGCUUAUUGCCUCCUCGGCAUUUUCGGCAUAGCAAUGCCUAUGAUUUACGGGGAAGGCCGCGAUCGUGCCUUCAUGCGGCUGCAGGAGCACAUUAUGAGGACCACAAGUGAUCACUCCAUCCUGGCAUGGGGCCUUGGGGGGCCUACCAGCGGCUCGGAGCAAGCCCAACCCGGGGGAGGGAUUCUUGCAAACAGCCCGUCCGAUUUUGCACAUUCCGGUCACAUCGUUCCCCAAGACCAGCGCACGGCCUACGUCGACCAGCUUGAGAUAUCUGGGGGCAGUCUUCGUGUCUCCUUGUCAGUGAUCGCCACUUCUACCGAGACUAUCGGACUGCUCAAUUGCGGCCCAGAGGAAGACUCCCAACAAUCCGGGUCGCCGCUCGGUUCUACUGUCACGCCCUAG